CUCUCCACUACUGUCUACGUCUGUUGUUUCUCGUUAUACAUAUUUUGUCCACAAAAGAUCCGCCAACUUGACGAUCAUCAUCAUGACAGAGGCGACGAGGAGAGAGUCUCAGAGAGGCAUCACCGUGGAAGGGGCAAAGAAGAAGUCGCAACUCAUCCGCCAGCGGGUACGGGACAUGUCCAGCCGCUCUCAAGGUCUCCCGCGCGGCGCUACGUGGCAUUGCAUGCAUGCACUGUGUCUGUGCGUCCUUUCGCCUCGUUGUCUGGCGCAGAUAGCGGCCUUGCGUGAAGGGGCGAGGCAGCGGAAGCAGAGAUCCACCUGGAGCAGGCAGAAGCACCAGUGGGCCCAGCAGGCAAACAGACUCCUCCACGAAAGGUGAGACAGACAGACAGACAGACUGACUUGCAGGGAGGCAGGGAGGGAGGGAGACGGCACACUGGAUGCAUCUUGGCACGUGUUGCAGGCAUGAGCUCGAGGCUGAGAUCUCUCGCUUCGUUGCGACACACGGCAGCUUGCAGUGCGCCUCCGAGGAUGAGACGGAGACAGGCAGUCAGCGGCCUCGCGAGGAUGACGCCGGGUCUCCACAAUACGGUCCUCUCUUCUCUGCCCUCCUGGCAACUGUGGAUGCGCCGGCGGAAGCGUCAGAUGCUGGCAGCCAGGCGACAGUGGCACGAUUCUACGGCAGGCUGGAAAAGGACCGAAAUGCGUAUCUGCAGAGUAUCAGGGCCAAGGUGUGCACUGAUUGAAAGGACACGCAUUCGUUCAGGCUGCCAGGCUAGCUUGUCUGUGUAGUGAGUGCAGAUUGGAGCCGCGGUGCCCAGCCCACAUGACUCAACGCCUGCCGAAUGCGAUGAGCAGGCGAUCUCGGGAGAUAGAGAUGCCGCGGGCAAAAUACCUCCCAUCAGUGACGACGCCACAGCUGGCCCCUUGGACACGCCCAGCAUUAAGACGAACAUGCGUGCCCAUCUCGGACGAUACUUCGAUCCACAGAGGCCCAAGCACAUGACGGAACGCACUGCACAGUCCGCCCUCUGGAGCCUCACACACCCAGUACCACAUAAACACGAUGCCGCUGACCCCCUCACCCAUCGAGCGCGCCCUAGUCUUCCAAGCAACAGCAACCGAGCGGCCUCUCCAUCGAAUGGGGAGGGACCGGGUUGUAUGUCUGAUUCGUGGGUGGCGUUGGCAGUGGUUGGCUCGUCGCUGCAGACGAUGGGUGAGAAACUAACUGAGGAGUAUCGGUGUGCGCUGCAGGGGCUGCCGGACGACACGCGGGCGCUGUUGAGAGAUCACACUGUUGGACGAGCCGCCGACGGUGAGUAGGAAGCAGAUGGGCAGGGGGAUAUCAAAAGUAAAAGCUCAUUCCGUCUCUCUCUCUCUCGCUCUCCCCUUUCGAUCAGAUGAUGGCUCCGACAUCAGUGAGGCAGAGGAGUGCUUCCUCGGUCAGGAGGCACCCACACUCACACAGACCUUCCCUGCCCUCCAAGACACUCAUCCAGCACCCCACCCUGCCAUCAAAGACGCCCCCUCUCACCCACCAUGCACACACGAUGACGACAACCACUCGUCGUCGGCCGGCGAGACGACAUCUGGUGUCACCUCAUUCUUUCGCUCACAUCCGUCGGCCAUUCAGCACCGCUAUCUGUCGUUGGUGCACCAGGCCGAGCAGGCCUUCCUGGACCGAUUGACAGAGCUGCGGCGAGAGAGGGCCUCUGUCAAGCUGCGGAUGCAGCGGACAGUGACGGAGGCGGUUCAUGAAGCCACUGCAGAGGGUGAGGAGGGUGAGGAGGGCCGUGUGGCUGUGGAUGAGAACACAUCGAAGAGUGAAGGGGACAAUGAUGAGGGCUGCACAACUUUGGCGGUGGCCGACGAUGGCAGUAGCAGUGGCGAUGGCGGUGGGUUCUUGGCGCGGUUUGAUUUGCUAUACCGGCAGUACUAUGGAGGAGACUCCACAAAAGCGAGAACCGCACACGUAUGGACGUACAUGGGCAGCCAGCUGGCCACUCGCACACAGUCCCUCAGUGUGUGUGUGUGUGUGUGUAAUGCAGACAGACGAGCUGUUCAUGGACCGGCUGACGAAGGAAUGGCCCCACAUAAACACGUAUGUAUGUCUGUAUGUCUGUAUGUUUGUAUUUUUGCAUAUAUAUACGCAUACACACGCUACGUCUUUCUUUGUGCAGGUCGUGUCUCCGCGGCUGUCGUCAGGACUAUGAGGAGCUCCUGCUGCUGGCCCAGCACCACACCACCGCCAUCAGACAGCACCGCAGACACAGAUGGGCCAUGCUUAAAGAAGCCAGGCAUGAGUGGCAGACCUGCAUCGACGACGCACGAAAGCGCCAGGAAGCUAAUGAGCAUCGGGCCAAGCAGAGAGCGGAGAAGGACCGGCUGACACGUGAGUUGGCCGAUCGUCGCGUGCACUUCCUGGAGAAGCAGUGGCAGAAACAACGGAGGGAGGCCGCGCUGCAAAAGAGGUGACAACCGACACACCCACACAACAUUCACCCACACGAUUUCGUGUAUGUAUGGCAAUCAGCCGUGCCGAGGAGGCAGCCGCAGCCGAGGCCGCCUGGCAAGAGCACGCCGCCAGGGUCAAACAGGCCGCAAUGCGCUUCAGGUUAGACAGACAGGGAAGAGACAUGAGUGGAUGCAUCUCUCCGUGUGUGUGCAUUUGUGCAGGGAGGUGAAGGAGCAGCGUGCCGCGGCAGAGGAGGUUGCGCGGCACGAUGCGGAGAGAGAGGCAGCAGAGCUGCUCAGACACCGACAUAUCAUCAACUCACGUAACCAAGCACUGACGGGCAAAGAGAGAUAGAUCAUCUGUGGUGGGUGCCUCUCGUCGCCUGGAUAUCUGUGUCCAUUAGUCCGGCUGUGCCGUCGUCGGGAGAUUGAGAUAUGGAAGCAGGAGGAGGCCGACCUCAGGAAACAAGCGGCCGAACAGCAAGCCGCUGAUAGACAGGCACGCCUUGCCAGAGCGCUGCAGAAGUUUGCCGUCAUUGCACCAAACGACCCUGCCAGGUGGGAGUGUGUGAGCGAUGUUUGUCAUCCAUCCAAAAAAGGUGUGGUGGUUCGCGCGUACAGGCUUCUGAAGAGCCUCGAGUGCCACGAGAUAUGGAAGAAGGCCGACGACCCACAUGUGAGGGAGAGAGAGAGACAAGGAAGGCGCUCAAGCAGGGAGGGAUGGUGUGUGUUGUCUGGUGUGUGCAGGUGGCGUGUUUGGAUUUGUUUCCGAUGCGUGGCUUCAGCGAGGCGGCCCUCAUGAAGGACACACGUUACAAACUGUCAGCAGCGCUGCAGGUAGGGAGGUACACAGACAGACAGACAGACACGCAGACAGACAGAUAGGCAGGAAGUGAAAGAUGGGUUGUCGAUAGAUACACACACAUACACAAAAAUGCACAAACAUGUACACAAUAAAAGCAAGCAAGGAGACAGAGCACACGGUCUGUCUGUAUCUGUGCACAUGUAUGUAUGUAUCUGUGUGUGUGUGUGUAUGUGUGUGUGUAUGCAGAAUGCGGGUCUGUAUGGGUCGUCGGCUGGGAGGUCAGCCAUGCUGGCAGCACGACCGGCACAGCCCGCUCGUCCAGACACCAUCACGCAGCCCAUGAACCCACUCAAACAACAAAAAGGAAUCGUGCAGCAGUAGAAAACGCAAAGGGAGAGGGAAGGACAGCAACCGGGCCACCUUUUGCCCUGGUCUGUCUCACUGCCCAACCCUGCCCUCAGUGACUCGACGGUUCAUUCCAUUCAAGCAAACAGCAUUGACAAGGAA